CGCUCAGAAAGAAUUUCACCGUGUUUGGGGUUGCAUCUACCGCGUCGCGUGACCGCAUCAGAGUCCACAGCAAAUCAGGAGGCCCUUGGCACACAAAAUCGAGCAUUUGAAGUACGAAUUCGAGAGUUUUUUUUAGCGAGCGCAAAGGUAGCUGGAAAAAUCGAGACAAGUGCAAAGAGUGGAAAGUAAAGUCGCGAUUCUGGGCGAAACGGACUGCUAAUAUGCUGAUAUAGCAUCGUAUCAGCAUCAGCACGCAAAUUGUCCAACGAAGGGAACUCGUCACCGAAACAAAUUGUUGCUCCAGCCGCCGGGCAGAGAAGAAGUGAAAACAUAAGCUCAAAAAGCAAAUAAAACUAAUUGAAAUAAAUCCAAAUACAUACAAAAUGUCGCCGUUCAUGGAGAAGACGUUGUUGUUGUUAGGCGUGCUCUGCUGCAUACAAGUGACCACUGCCCUGAUGUGCUACGACUGCAACAGCGAGUUCGAUCCCCGCUGCGGCGAUCCCUUCGAGCCGUACUCCAUUGGCGAGGUGAACUGCAGCAAACAGGAGCCUCUGGAGCAUCUGAAGGACAAAUACAAGCCCACCCUGUGCCGCAAAACCGUGCAAAAGAUUUACGGGAAGACCCGGAUUGUGCGUGGAUGCGGAUACAUCCCAGACGAAAACACCGACAACAAGUGCGUGAGACGCUCGGGAACCCACGACGUGGCCGCCAUCUACUGCUCCUGCACCAAGGAUCUGUGCAACGGGGCCAACUCGCCUGCUGGCCAGUGGAUGAUGCUGCCCCUCAUUGUGGCCGCCGGAUUGGCGCUCCUGCUGAACUCGAGGCACACAAUACGAUUCCAGAGCUCGUAAAUUGGGCUCGAAUUAGCGUUUCAUUGCGUUCAACUGUACUUAUCGUUUUUGAGUUUGUUUUCAAUGGUUUUUCGAUUCAGUUCUGCAGUUGAUGCUCAUUUAGUUGCAUAAUUUACUUUAAUAUAUCAUUUAAUGUGUUCGUAAGCGUAAAUUGAAUAAGAAUAAUACGGAAAUUAACUUACCUUAUGCGUUCGCAUGCAUUAUAUAAAUCAAACAGGAUAAAAUCGAAAAAGGUAACACACACUCUCUUGGGGGCAGUAAUAAAAUAAUAACCUUUUUUAAGCCUUUGUUCGAAAUUAAUUUUAAAAUACAGAAAAACUGCCAGUAAAUGUCUCCGCCUAAAAAAAAAAAUUCAACCGUCGACCCUAAAAAAAAGUCCUUAGUAAGAAAUGCAGAUCCUUGAUCUACAACAUAAGUCGUAACCCAAAAUAAUUCAAAAUCAGCGAUGUAGGAAUGCCUUUUUCCACGAGAUCAAGCGAAAAAGGGUUUCUUACUAAAAACUGCGUUCUCCUCUUUGGUUUUUUUUUAAAGUAUUUCCAUUUUAGUUUAUAACUGGGUGAAUCUUUAAAGGCUUGCCCUUCAAGAAACCUGUAAGUGCAAAUUUUAAAGACGAACAUCUAUCUAUUUGCGAUAAAUACUUUGCAGUAACCAGGAUUAUUUUAUUAUUUGGUGUCAUAUUAUAUGUUGGGAUUUUAUCUACAACCUUUUUGGAAGGUAAUCCAUAGUUUCAUUUGAUUUAUAAGCUUUUGUUCUGUGAACUAGUCUCAAAAUUUGAGAUCUGUUUUUUGCAAUUCAAUAAAAUAAAUGAGGAAGGGCAUCCUCAAAGGCAAACCCUUUAUGAAACCGAUUAGUGCAAGUUCUAAGGAUGAACACCAAUCUUUACGGCAAAGAAGUUGCAAUAAUUUGGUAUUCAUAACUCAUUUGGAAGCAGAAAAUCAAUUUUCGUAGUGAGAAAAUUAAGAGAAUAGCAUUGAAAUUUAUACAGAGUAAAUAAAUGAAACCAAAGGAGAAUCCAUCAAAUACUAAAUACGAGAAGGAAAUAAUAAAGUUUGUCCAUUGUAGGCUUCACGAAAACUAAACCAUACUAUAUAGCCAUGAGAUCCCUAUGAUACAUUUUCAACGGAUUUCCGCGAAAUUCCGGCGGAAGUGGAGCUGCUAGCAUGGCUGAUAUACAUAAAUCUUCCUAAUACUUUAGACGGAAAGUCCAUAAACAUUUUGAUUUGUGUCCCCAAUGCGAUUCGAACACAAACCGAGGUACAGUCAACACAAAACAUUGCAAGAUAUUAAUAAACAGAAACACUAGCCAACAUAUAAAAACCAGUUACAAACACAUCAUUUUGUGUAGAAAACAAAAGCAAAAAACAAAGAUAUAUAUAUACAUGAGAAAUUGCAUAAAUUAUAUAACAUUAUAUUUAUUUAGUUAAAUAUUAUUAAGAAUUAUACGGAAAGAUAAUAAGAUAAAUACAGAGAGAAGCGAGAGCAUAUGUAGAUAAACCUAACUAAUUUUAAUUUAUAAAAUAAUAACAAACACUAGCCGUUGGUAUCGUAAUAGUGAAAAAAUAAGAGAGUAAUUAAAUGGCGAAAAAGAAGGAAAUUUAAAAUCAAUACCCCAUUAACUAGUCACAGUACUUAAGGUUCCACAACUAAACCGAUUACGAUGGAUAAUUUCGAUUUUGUUCUUCAUCCGCAACGAUUUUCCAAGGAAGUACCCUAAAUAUUGCAACUCAAGCACAUCCAGAACAAAAAACAAAAAACAAAGAAAAACCUAAUAAAACACAAGAUCACGCAAUCUUUAUAAACUGCAAAAUUAUUGAAAUAAUAAAAAUCGUUAAAUCACCUUUCAGCGUGAAUCAUAUCAUUGAGCUUUGCUUCACAAGAAGACGGGAAGACAUUCUAAACCAAAAAUAAAAACUAAAAACUAAAAACCUAAACUAAAACAAAACAAAAUGCAAACACAACGUACAUACAUAUAUUUCAAAUUAUUUAACGCAAUUGAAAUAUAAUAACGAGAAGUAUUUAUAAUAACAACGUUUCCAAACAAGUUACUGAAACUUAAAAAAUUUACGAGAACUAAGAUUAAGAAAUCUACAGAAAGAACACACACCAAAAAAAAGAAGCUUUUGUCUGCGCUGGCUGAGUCGAAUAUUCUAUAACCAUAAAUAUAAUACCUAAAUAUUAUAUAUAUCUAUAUAAUUUCCUUUCGUUUUUAUAUCACAGCAACACGGAUAGCAACAAAAUGGGAAACUUAUUUAUUAUGCAAGAGAAACAUAACAGAAAAAGAAAACACUGCAAAGAUAAUAGUAUAAAAUCCAUAAGCAGAUCAAAGAUGCGAAAAACAAGAAAAGAAAAGAAAAUAAAGUGAACUUGUUAAUUUUUAGCAUUUAAGUCUGUAAAGCUCCGCUUGUAGAUGAAAAAUCAAUAAAUAAACUAAAUAAAAUGGUAAAUUCAAUAAAUGGAGACAAAAAAGCUGUAAGCUUUCACAAC